UUGGUGAGUUCGGUGGGACUUGCGCACAGCGUCUCUCCGUCUCUCCACAGAGCUUGCCAUGGAAAGGGGGUCUCUUCUUCGUGGCCGUCUGGGCUUCGUUGCAGUGACGGUUGUCCUUUUGGAGGAUGCGAACUAUUGAUUAGUUGUUUCUUGCGGUGGAUGCAACUGUAUUAUUCACUCUUUUUUUUCUAGCAUGUGCCAACUGGGGACAAUGCUAGUCCUAAAAGCCAGAAGACUGGCCAUAUUUCUUGUAUUUUCUGCAAAAGCUCAGGGCUCUUUCUCUCCAUCCAAUGCAACAUCGGGAGGUGUGCAUAGAGAGGGUUAUUGCUCUAUGUAUGGUAUUUGUGCACAACGCAGUGAUGGGAAGUUUUUGAAUUGUGCUAGUGGCAGCCUUUCUACCAAGCCAGAUGAUUUGCUCUCUUCUAAGAUCCAGAGUUUAUGCCCUACAAUCACCGGCAAUGUCUGCUGCAGUGCAGCUCAAUUUGAGACAUUGCGUGAUCAAGUCCAGCAAGCAGUUCCUUUACUUGUAGGGUGCCCGGCAUGCUUGAGGAACUUUUUAAAUCUUUUCUGCGAACUCUCCUGCUCUCCAAAUCAGAGUUUAUUUAUAAAUGUGACUUCUACUAAACAGGUAAAUAAUACCAUGACUGUUAAUGGAAUUGAUUAUUUCAUAACAAAUACCUAUGGGGAAAAGUUUUAUAACUCUUGCAAAGAUGUAAAAUUUGGUAGCAUGAAUACUCGAGUAAUGGAUUUUAUUGGCGCUAGUGCUCAAAAUUUCAGAGAUUUUUUAGCUUUUCUUGGGAGGCAAGCAGCAUUGAAUACACCAGGGUCACCGUACAAAAUUGACUUUCAAACCAAUGCUCCUUUAUCAUCUGGGAUGAAGCCCAUUAACUCAAGUGUCUAUUCUUGUGGUGAUUCCUUGUUGGGCUGUUCUUGUGGUGAUUGCUCUUCUUCAUCUACAUGCUCUGAUUCUGCACCUCUAGAUCUACUUGAGAAAGAUUCAUGCAAAGUUGCAAUGGGUUCUGCAAGCGUGAAAUGUGUAGAUUUCUCUUUAGCCGUUCUGUACAUUACAGCCAUUUCUGCAUUGUUGCUAUGGGGGUUCUUGUUUAGGAAAAGAGAAAGAGGACCCGUUUCUGAACCAGAACCCUUUUGUAAGGACAGUGGUGAUAAUGAGCUUCUUUCUGGGUACAAGCAGCAAAACACUAACCCACCUAUGCAUAUGUCAAAAUGGUCUAUUUUGUUGAAAGUUCUUCAACCUGCCAUUGUUCAGGAUUUUAUGGCCAGAAUUUUCAGGAAAUAUGGAGCAUUUGUUUCCAGAAAGCCAACUCUUGUUCUGUCUUUAUCACUAGCUGUUCCAAUUCUUCUUUGUAUAGGUCUUAUCCGUUUUAGAGUGGAGACAAAACCCGAAAAGGUACUCAAUCUAACUUGAUUAGCAAUCCGGAAG